AUGAGGAAUUCGGGAAUGCAAAUACAUCCGCCUGCUUUCAAUGUUCACACGGUAAUUCGGUUCCUAUACGUAAACACGAAGCAAAGUAGCGCUUUAUUUGCCAAAACAUAGUACAAAAAUACUCUAGAUAAUAUAAAAUGUAUUUGAGGACUACUCCGGCUCACCUUCAUGAUAAAAAAUUUCACGAUAUAUUUCGUCUUCAUGUGCAUGCAUUCUAUAGCCGGAAUUUAAUUGCGUCUAAACAAUAGGAAGGCGCGGACGAACUUACUUACGCGGGCUGGAAAUUGUGUGAAUGGAGCGGCAAUGGGCGGAAUUUUUAAUUACAAGUUUAUUUUAAUGGCGCGAUAACACUUAGCGAGUUGUUUCGUGCGCGGAAGACUGGUAGAAAUGUGGCUUUAUAGCAUAAUGAAUAUAUAUUAUAUUUUAUUGACAAAUUCAGCGGCUGGAGUAUUUAAACCCACAUAUAAAACUAUAAUUUCAUUAAAAAUGCUAGACGGCGACUAGGAUUCAUAAAAAAAGUUUUGAAACGUUCUCUGAUCGUAACAUUUAUUUAAACACGAGCUUUCGACUGCCAGUCUGCAUUCUACGACAGGUAAAGUGAUACUGAUAAAUAAAGUGACCUAUCAAAGACUGCAGUCGAAAGCUGGUGUGUAAUUAAAUUGUACGAUCAGAGAACGUUUCAGAAACUUUAUAUUUUCAUUGUUUAGUGCGGAAAUAAAGGCAAGAAAUGGUCAUUUAUACGAUUUUCGUGAACAUUAGCUAUAUAUAUAUAUAUAUAUAUAUGGUAAUCUUAGAAAUAAGAAUUUUAUAUUUAUAGUAAUCCUUGCAUGUCUAAACUUGUCUCAAACCAAUGAACAUGCAUGCGCUCUUAGAGAUGGGACUGCAGUACAACAUCGUGUAUAUUAAAUUAGGAAGGUGAUUCCAUUUGCCAAUUCUCUCAGAUAAGGGCUGUGAUAUCCCUUCCAAUAAUUUUUAAGUCGGGCAGAUUUUACUAAAAAAUUGGGAAAUUGUACGUGAAAAUGAAUUAAGUUGCCCAAAGUUUGUGAGAAAAGCUUUGCACAAUCAGAUUAACGUGUCAGAUUAACGUGUUGUGAUACCACAAAAUAAAUUAAUUGUAUACACAAAAUUAUAGUUUGAGGUAGAAAGGAGUUACAUAGGGCUAUUAGAAUUAUAAAGGCCCAGAAGAUAAGUUACAAACACAGAAGAUAAGUAUUGAAGCACUUAUGACUUAAUAUGAAAACUGAAUACAUGAUAAUAGGGUCAAGACAAAGAUUAUCCAAAAUUGAAAAAGAACAGGAAUUAAAACUUGGGGAAAUCAAUAUUAGUAUGGGUAAUCGCACGGGAAGGAGUGCAAUUAAUGAUUAACACUACUCGUGAUAUUUGAAAAAUGUGCCAAAUUGCACUCGCCUCAGUGAUAUUUGAAAAAUGUGCCAAAAUUGCACGAGCCGCCGAGGCGAGUGCAAUUUGGCACAUUUUUCAAAUAUCACGAGUAGUGUUAAUCAUUAAUUGCACUCCUUCCCGUGUGAUUAUUUAUUUAUUAUAUGCAUGACAAAAUCGCUUUCUUUAUAUAUCAACUGCAUUUUGUCAAGAGUUUUUAAUUCUUUUGUAAGCAAUUUGGUAAAAACAAACUUGGGAAAUGAUUAUAAACUCAUAAAGGCACAUAACUUAAACCAGAACGCAAGAUUCAAACUCAAACAACAUAUUUUAGACUAAGAAAAUCUUUAUACAUUGUAUCUCAAACUUACAUAGUCACGUUUCGCUGCAUCCCGCCAAGAUUAUUUCUUAAGACUGUGUUUCCUGGUAUUUUCCACAGGCUCUUUUUGCCAUACAAUGUUUCUUAAACUCAUUCUUGUGCCAAAAUUCAGUUAAAUUCGUCAACAUUUGUUAGAAAUACUUAUCUAAAUUUCGCCGCCAUAUUGGAUUUUGUUGUUUUGAUUUCCCGCUCCCCCCAGCCAUCACGAAAAUCAUUAAUUGCACUCCUGGAGAGUGCAAUUAAUGAUGGUAAUAGAACGAAUAGGAGUGCUAUUAAUGCCAUAAUCAUACGAGUGAUUACAAAAUCAACCGACCGCGUAGCGGGAGGUUGAUUUGUUAAUCACGAGUAUGAUUAUGGCAUUAAUAGUACGACUUAAUUCGUUCUAUUACUUAUUAAUUAUUUAUCUUCUGUAAUCAAACUGUUUAAGGGGGAAAAGCAGAAAAAUACAAUUUGUUGAAAUUCAAUAUAAUUUUUAAAUUUUUGUCACGACAAUUCUUAGUGAAAUAGUACAAUUUUGAAUUAUUAUUUAUCAUAUAUAAUCAAAUUAACAUAUUAUUAACUUCCGGGCAUUAUUUCCGGUAUAACCACAUGACAACAUUUGUUUGAAUUAUUCAAAACACAAUUGGGAAGCCAUGUUUGUAUGUUUAUAACGUGUUCAAAAUAGUGAAGUUCUUUAGUUCAAUUAAUCAUCUGAAUUGGAUUGUGUCUAGUUCGGUGUCUUCUGCUGGAUGAACAGGUAGGUCAUUUUCGUCAGAAAAUAUAUAAUUUAACAACCCUCGAAAACGAGAUCGGCAUUCGGCAAUGCCGACCUUCAGUAUUAAAAUGCUGACCUAUCAACCUCCCAUGUCGGCAAUGUUUUGCCGACCUUAAUUCAGCCAAAGUAAGAAUCUUUUUGGUUCUUAUAGUUGUUAAAAAGUCAGCGAUUAUUAAUUCGAUGCACUUUGGUGUAAGGUUUAAGAAUUAACGGGUAUAUUUAUGUUAUAAUUUAGGUAAAACUCUAAAAGAAAAGGCUUCGUGACAUUUAUACUUUUCAAUGAUUCGUAAAUACGUGAUUACUAGUGCUCCAAGACAUGGAAACAGAUUUUAAAAAAUGCCGAGAUAGGUCAGAUUUAGGUCGGCAUUUUUUUUCCGACCUCAAUUUUGACGGUUUUCGAGGGCUGAUUUAAAAAUUAAAAGGGCAAAAUUUGUGAAUUCCUCCAUUUUGAAUUUUUUACAGCAAUAAAGAAAAUAAAAUUCAAAGUUUGUAUCCUGAGUGCUGAUUGGCUAGUGUAAAUACUAGACUGAUUUUUAUUGGCUGUAGACAAGAGUGCGAUUACAGCUCAGAAAAGGUGCGAUUAAUGAUGGUAAUAGAACGAAUAGGAGUGCUAUUAAUGCCAUAAUCAUACGAGUGAUUACAAAAUCAACCGACCGCGUAGCGGGAGGUUGAUUUGUUAAUCACGAGUAUGAUUAUGGCAUUAAUAGUACGACUUAAUUCGUUCUAUUACUUAUUAAUUAUUUAUCUUCUUUAAUCAAACUGUUUAAUAAGGGAGAAAAGCACAAAAAUACAAUUUGUUGAAAUUCAAUAUAAUUAUUAAAUUUUUGUCACGACAAUUCUUAGUGAAAUAGUACAAUUUUGAAUUAAAUUUAUCAUAAAAAUUAACAUAUUAUUAACUUCCGGGUAUUAUUUCCGGUAUAAUCACAUGACAACAUUGUUUGAAUUAUUCAAUAUUCAACACACAAUUGGGAAGCCAUGUUUGUAUGUUUAUAACGUGUUCAAAAUAGUGAAGUUCUUUAGUUCAUUUUAAUGUGAAUAUAACUCCUGGUUGUGUCUAGUUUGGUGUCUUCUGCUGGAAGAACAGGUAGGUCAUUUUCGUCAGAAAAUAUAUAAUUUAACAGCCCUAGAAAGCGAGGUCGGUAUUCGGCAAUGCCGACCUAUUAAAUGCCGACCUAUCAACCUCCCAGGUCGGCAAUGUUUUGCCGACCUUAAUUCAACCAAAGUAAGAAACGUUUUUGGUGCUGAUAGCUGUUAAAAAGUCAGCGAUUAUAGAAUUCGAUACACUUUGGUGUAAGGUUUAAGAAUUAACGGGUAUUAUGAUAUAAUUUAGGUAAGACUCUAAAAGAAAAGCCUUCGUGACAUUUAUACUUUUCAAUGAUUCGUAAAUACGUGAUUACUAGUGCAGGCUACUAGUGCUCCAAAACAUGGAAACAGAUUUUAAAAAAUGCCGAGAUGUGCCAAGCUAGGUCAGAUUUAGGUCGGCAUAUUUUUUACGACCUCAAUUUUGCCGGUUUUCGAGGGCUGAUUUAAAAAUUAAAAGGUCAAAAUUUUCAAAAUUUGUGAAUUCCUCCAUUUUGAAAUUUUUUACAGCAACAAAGAAAAUAAAAUUCAAAGUUUGUAUCCUGAAUGCUGAUUGGCUAGUUGUAAAUACUAGACUGAUUUUCAUUGGCUGUAGACAAGAGUGCGAUUACAGCUCAGAAAAGGUGCGAUUAAUGCUCAAAUCGCACUCCUGUCAACCAAUGAAAUUGCAGUAUUUGCCACUGAUUACAGAAGAUAAAUAAUUAAUGCUCAAAUCGCACUCCUGUAAACCAAUGAAAUUGCAGUAUUUGCCACUGAUUACAGAAGAUAAAUAAUUAAUGAAAUAAUUGCACUCCUCUUAACCAAUCAGACUGCAGUAAUUUUGUCAUGUAUAUAAUAAAUAGGUUAAUGCUUUCUUUACUUUCAAUAUCCUGUCCUCAAUCCGCUGUGGGGAUUUAAUGCUUUUUUUAAAUUUUAAUAAUUUAGUCUUUCCAGUCUGCAACUAAUUAAAUAUUUAACUGGCAGGUUGUUGAGGAGGUAAGAAGAAAUCUUGGUUUUCAUGAGGAAAAGACCCCUGAAGCAUUCAUGAACAAUUGCGUCAAAACGCUGGAAAAGAAUGUAGACAAUUUGAUUUACUAUGGUAUUUCUAUGGGUGAUCUUCAACCUCCCAGAUGUUCUUCUGUUGGUGAGUAGAGUGAUGACUCAGAUAUAUGACAAUGAGAGACAUGCUAUGAUUUAAGGGAGGGGGGGAUGGGUCAGUGCUAUGUAAUACGCUAUAAUUCAAAAUUUGGUUUGCUAGGCUUUAUCGAUUGAAGUUUCUAAUGGAUAGACUAAAGGCUGGAACACAUGAUCUAAUUGUGUCGGGUCCGAUUCUUCUUCUGAUGUAUGUAUGUUUUAUAGUCACGUAAUUGCGAUGUUAUAGCGACACAAUUGAGCAACUACGUAAACCAAGUCCUUUGUCAGUAAAUGGAAAACAUUACAUGCAUCAGAAGCAGAAUUUGAUCCGACAGAAUUGGAUCGUGUAAAAAGACAUUUAAGAUGCCGCGUAUUAUUGUCGUGUAUCUGACAUCGGCUAAAGUCAAUGUCUGAAUCACUAAAACGAAGCUCUGUAGCUACUGUAUGGUGACGUACUUCCCGGAAGCGUGUAUUGACUUCGACCUGGAGUACGGUGUAUUUCCCAAUAAUAAAACUCUUUUGUGUUCAAUCUAACUAUUCAAAUCAUCAAUAAUGUCUUGGAGAUAUUUCAGGUGAAAUGUGGCAAAAUCCUAUAUUCUGACUAAUGAAUACAGAGUUCCUAGUAUUAAAGUGUUGUUUAUUCCUUAAAUAUUCAUGUUUCUCACCAUUCUGUAUUUUAGACGGCAAAUUAUGUCAUUUGCUAAAAGGAAUUAACUUAAUGUUCAAAUCUAAGUCAAGGAUAAAGCAGAAAGUGGACAUUGUCCAUUUUAUUGAGGUAGGGAUUACAUGAGGAUUACUGUUAAUUUAAAGGAAUGUGACAAUAAAAAAUAAUAUUGUCUCAUUUGAAAGAACACAAAAUGAAAUUGUCCCAAAAAAUCUAGGUGUUAAUUUAUUCUCAAUAGUUUCAAACUGUACACUAUUUGCAUGGCUCGGUUUGCAUGUGUUCUAAUGUGCAUGUGCAUGUGAAAAGGGAAUGACUUGUUAAAAGCCUCUUUGAUCGUACUGUAUAUAUGCACCGUUUUCACACGAGGAACGUUUAUGUUGUAAUUGUUAGGAUGACGAGGAACCUGACAAGUGGCAACAAAAACGGCAAGCGUUUGUCCCUGGCUUGUUGGUUAUGAAGAGUAACGGGGCGAUGGUGCUGUUAGGAAACGAGAUUUUCCUUUCAUUCAAUGAAAAGGAAAUUUUGCGUGCAGUGGUUGCAUUCCUUGCGACCUUUUACUUGCUGGAUAUGGACUACCCAACUAACUGGCUUGCAAGUAUGUCGUUCCUGCAGCAGCUAAUAUUCAAGGACAAUCAAAUUCAUCCGGAUUGCGAUGCCGAUGUCAAGAAGGCUAUAAAACAAUUUGAAUGCUUCACCGAGUAA